AGGGAUACAGCACAGCAGCAGCAUUGAAGCGCAGUGGUCACAUCAUCUAGUGGCUUUGUCGCAUGCAACUUAUUUUUGCGAUUUUUUUUUUUGCCAUCUGUCAUCUAUUCUGUGAUUUAAAUGCCAGAAGUUUAUACUACAGAGGGAACCAUAUUCUUUUCUUUGGUCAAAGAGACAUGAAGCUUCUACAUGGGAUUCCUGCACUGGCUCUACGCAGCCUCACCAGGCCGCAAAGGCUGCAGCGACGGAUGUUUCUGUGUAUGCGAAUCUGUACACCAGGCACCACAUCCAGCCAAAAUCAUAGCACUGAGGCAAGGUCCAGAACAAACCACUGGAAAUGGGGACUCUCCACGGCUGGAGCUCUGUUGGGUUUAGGUUCUUUCUUGAUUUAUGAGACCCAGAGGAGAAAGGUUGCACAUGCAGAUUCUGAGGAGCAGUCUACCAUUACCUCCUUCUACCACCAGUACACACGGGAGGAUGUGAAGAAACACAAAAGCCUUGCUGACAGGGUGUGGGUAACCUAUGCGGGAGAAGUGUUUGACAUUACGGAUUUUGUGGAACUGCACCCUGGAGGGGAAAAAAUCUUGCUGGCUGCAGGGGGAGCUCUAGAACCUUUCUGGGCACUUUAUGGCGUUCACAAGAAUGAACAUGUUAUGGAAAUCUUGCAAGAGUACAAGGUGGGAGUACUUGGUCCUGAUGAGAAGGAGUCACAUGACUUUUCUGAUCCCUAUGCUAAUGAUCCUCCUCGACAUCCUAUUCUGAAGGUCAAUAGCCAAACACCUUUUAAUGCUGAACCCCUCCCAGACAUUCUUACUGAGCACUUUAUCACUCCAAGUGAGUUGUUUUUCAAGAGGAACCACCUGCCAGUGCCAGACAUCAACCCUGAUGAAUUCCAGUUAAUCAUAGAAGGACCUCAUGAAGCAGAUCAGAGUAAACCAUUAAAUCUAUCGCUCAAUGAACUAAAGACGAAGUUUCCCCGGUAUGAGAUUACUGCCACCUUGCAGUGUGCUGGAAACCGGCGCGCUGAGAUAAAUGCAGUGAAACCAGUAAAGGGAUUAGACUGGGAUAUAGCAGCAAUCAGUACUGCUCGCUGGGCCGGAGCACGUUUAAGGGACGUUUUGCUGUAUGCUGGAUACACGGAGGACACACCUAAUGCACAUCAUGUCCACUUUGAAGGAUUAGAUCAAGAUAUAACAGGAACAAAUUAUGGGGCGUCCAUCUCCUUUAAGCGUGCAAUGAGUAAAGAGAAUGACGUGCUGCUGGCUUAUGAAAUGAAUGGAGAGGAGCUACCAAGAGACCAUGGCUUUCCUUUAAGGACUAUUGUGCCAGGCGUGGUGGGUGCCCGCAAUGUAAAGUGGCUGGGACGAAUAGUGGUGAGUGCAGAGGAGAGUGCCAGCCAUUGGCAGCAGAAUGAUUACAAGGGUUUCAGCCCAUCUGUGGAUUGGGACACAGUAGAUUUUUCCUCCUCUCCGGCCAUACAGGAACUGCCUGUGCAAUCUGCAAUUACAGAGCCACGUCCUGGGAAGACUGUCGCCCCUGACGCUGAUGGAAAAAUUACUGUCAAGGGCUAUGCAUGGAGUGGAGGUGGGAGAGAGGUUGUACGGGUGGAUGUGUCUCUGGAUGAAGGGAAGACAUGGAAGGUUGCAGAGCUAACAGGGAUGGGGCAGAAGGAUGGACAGGCAUGGGCAUGGAAACUGUGGAAAUUAGAAGAGACUGUGCCUUCCAGCGUCAAGGAACUGACAAUUAUUUGCAAAGCUGUAGACAGUAGCUAUAAUGUGCAGCCAGAUACUGUGGCUCCACUAUGGAACUUGCGCGGAGUAUUGAGCAAUGCAUGGCACCGUGUACAAGUCACCGUGGAUGCAUAAACAUGGAUAAGCUGUAUGAUUGACAGUAAUUUCUUGUGCCCUUUCUACAGCAGUGCAGUAGCCUUUCAUCCAAUUUGCUUUUGUCUUGUAUAUAGGUUUUUUCUCUUCUAUAUUACUAAUGUAUAUUGGGCCUAAUUCAAGGUUGACUGCAAAACAACAUUUUCCUCUAAUGGGCAAAACCAUGGGGGUAAUUCAGAGUUGAUGGCAGUAGCAAAUUUGUUAGCAGUUGGGCAAAACCAUGGGGUCAUUCCGAGUUGUUCGCUCGCAAGCUGCUUUUAGCAGCUUUGCACACGCUAAGCCUCCGCCUACUGGGAGUGAAUCUUAGCUUCUUAAAAUUGCGAACGAAAGAUUUGCAAUAUUGCGAUAAGACAUCUCUGUGCAGUUUCUGAGUAACUCGAGACUUACUCUGCCAGUGCGAUCAGUUCAGUGCUUGUCGUUCCUGGUUUGACGUCACAAACACACCCAGCGUUCGCCCAGACACUCCUCCGUUUCUCCAGCCACUCCCGCGUUUUUCCCAGAAACGGUAGCGUUUUUUCACACACACCCAUAAAACGGCCAGUUUCCGCCCAGAAACACCCACUUCCUGUCAAUCACAUUACGAUCACCAGAACGAAGAAAAAACCGUGAGUAAAAUUCCUAACUGCAUAGCAAAUUUACUUGGCGCAGUCGCAGUGCGGACAUUACGCAUGCGCACUAAGCGGAAAAUCGCUGCGAUGCGAAGAAAUUUACCGAGCGAACAACUCGGAAUGAUCCCCCAUGUGCACUGCAGGUGGGGCAGAUAUAACAUUUGCAGAGAGAGUUAGAUUUGGGUGGGUUAUUUUGUUUCUGUGCAGGGUAAAUACUGGCUGCUUUAUUUUUACACUGCAAUUUAGAUUUCAGUUUGAACACACCCCACCCAAAUCUAACUCUCUCUGCACAUGUUAUAUCUGUCCCCCUACCCCCUGCAGUGCACAUGGUUUUGCCAAACUGCUAACAAAUUUGCUGCUGUGAUCAACUCUGAAUUACCCCCCAUGUGCACUGCAUGUGGGGUAGAUGUAACGUGCAGAGAUAGAUUUGGGUGGGUUAUUUUGUUUCUGUGCAGGGUAAAUACUGAAUGCUUUAUUUUUACACUGCAAUUUAGAUUUCAGUUUGAGCCAACCCAAAUUUAACUCUCUCUGCACAUGUUAUAUCUGCACCACCUGCACUGCACAUGGUUUUACCCAUUAGAGGAAAAUGGUGUUUUGCAUUCAACCUUAAAUUAGGCUCAUAGUGCUAACCUGGAACCCUUAAUUAUAUUAUUAACCCAUGAUACUUUUUACAACCUAUAACAAUUGCAGGGGUACUAAUGUGUCCUUAGUGAACGGAUCAUAGGAAAGCAAGGCUGGCUUAUUUUAUUAUUUAUUUAGACAUUUUUUUUUGCAUGUUCAUCUCUCAUAGAGAUUAGUUGCCUUUAUGCUCAGGGAGCAAUUGACUAUCUGGAUAGACCCUUGCUCUAAUACGGCCAGUGCUGCUAGAAACACCUGUACUAGCAGUGAGGUGUUAUAAUAGAACUGUAGUGCCAUAAGAUUGUGAGUCUAAGGUUUAAAAGACAAAAAAAGAAUUAGUGUGGGGGAGGGGGGGGGGGGUGGUGACGGGCAGAGUGACUUUUCCCACCCAGUGACAUGCAUAGGAGGAGUCUAUAAUUCAGUGUGUAUAUCAUGUACAUUUCUUGGGCAGCCUGUAUAGCUUAUGUACCUGUUUGUUGCCAGUUUGCUGAGAUAUUGUGUAUAAAUAUAUUGAUAGAA